AUGGAAGAGAUACAAACAAAAGCAACAUUCGAAUUCACUUUUAGCAAUGUUGGAAAUCUUUCUAAAGCUGUCUACUCGCCUCCAUUCGCAACCUCGUCGAACGUAUUCUGGCAACUGAAAUUUAUUCCUUCGAAUCCAGAAUAUCCCGAAUUCUGUUCAGUUUACUUGAGAUCAAUAUUUAAUACCGGCGAGAUACACGCUACGAGCCCCGGAAUCAGACAAGGCGUCUUACCUGCAACCAUAUACCUCAGAGAUCCGAGUAAAGGCAACAGCGCACAAUCACAAGGAAUGCGACUGACUAGCGGAAAUAACUC